AUUUCUCAAAGAGCUCUCUCUCUCUCUCUCUCUCUCUCUCUCUCGCACACACACACAUGCAUAAAGGCAAAAGGCAAAAAAAAGAUGCCUUAGUUGAACUUGUGUCUGCAGACUCUGCUUCCAAAGCUGGCAACCUCUCUUCAAAUUCAAGCAAACUGUGUCUCUGCAUACCACUUUAUCAGGCAAGGAAAGCAAAGCAACCAUCAUUCACUUUCAGUAUCCCGUGCCCCAAAACCUAACCUUUUUCUUUUUCUUAUGAAGGAGUUCCUUUUGGUAUCCUUGUUUACUUGACUUUUAUGUUUCUCUGUAUACUUUUGCAACUGAUAGGAGAUAAAGAGGAGAGUUUCUAAUAUACCUAACUGCAAAUUUUUGUGUUCUUUGCAAAUACUUUCAAAGAAUUUUACGUGAGAAGGAAAUGGAAAUUGCUUCUCUAGAGAUUAGGAACUUUAAGGAAGAAAGCAGUUGCAAGCAGAUAACCAACAACUUGUUAUCUAGAAUAGAUGCAACGACUGGAAAAGAAAGAGAAUUAUGUCUGUAUGAUUCGGGGGCUUCCAGUUCAAAGGAGAAAGUGAAGAAAUAUCUAGUGAAGCAUUCGAGAUCAAGUAAGGGUUGCAGCAGCAACUCUCGCAAUGGAAAGGUAUAUCUUCCAGAAAACGAAGUGAAUAGACUGGUUGAGAGACUGAAGGUACUUGAAGAAGAAACUGAAAUCAUUAAGGAAGCCUUCUUUGAGACCAUGGAGGAAAGGAGACGAUUGAUGAGUGAAGUUUAUCAGCAAUUUCAGACGCUGAGGCUCUGCCUCCACCAUAAGAAUGCAGUAGGAAGAAAAAAGGCAGGUUUGUCACAAGUUCUAAUGGAAAAUUAUAGUCCCAGGGUACUCACCCGAGUCUGCAGAAUAAAUUUUAAUCACCUACUACCGUUGUCUGCUUGAAGAAUUUGGUGGCAUUUCUUCCAAGGUUGAAGAGUUUGUAUUAAUUUUGUUUGUAGUAUAAUUCAUUUCUUUUUCUUUCUCCAACCUUAUUUAAUUU